AUGACGAGAACAAUUCUCAUAACAGGAGUCACCGGCCAACAAGGCGGUUCCCUCCUCAAAGCCCUGCAAUCCAACCCAGACGCUGCCUCCCUCUCCAUCCGCGCCAUAGUCCGAGACCCCACCGCUGCCUCCCAAAAACUAUCUUCCAAAUCCAACAGUAAUCUCACUUUCCACAAAGCCAACCUAACCGAUAAAUCCUCCCUCAUCCCGGCUCUCACAGACGUCGACACAGCCUUCCUAAUCACAAUCCCACAACCAAACGCCGAAGCCGAGAUAACUCAAGGAAAGACCUUCGUCGACGCUGCCAAAGAAACUGGUUUAAAACACAUAAUCUUCUCAUCCGUCGGUUCCGCGGAAAGAAACACGGGAAUCCCACAUUUUGAUUCAAAAAGGGUGGUAGAAAAAUAUAUCAUCGAAUCCGGGAUACCAUAUACAUUCAUCAGACCCGUGGCGUUUAUGGAUAAUUUCCCCGUCGAUGGUGGUGUAGGUAGAUUUUUCGCUUUGGGAUUGUUUAAUACGGCUUUAGCGGGGAAGAGGUUGCAACUUAUUGCUGCUAAGGAUAUCGGAGAGUUUGCGGCUAAGGCCGUGUUGAACCCUGAAAAGUGGAAGGGGAGGGAGUUUGAGUUGGCUGGUGACGAGUUGAGUGUUCCCGAGGUAUUGGAUGUUUAUGAAAAAGUGCAGGGUACGAGGCCGUGGUCGGUUUGGUUGCCGUAUUUUGCAUUGAAGUUGAUGCUGCCGGUGGAUUUUUUCUUGAUGUUUAAGUUCUUCUAUGACGAUGGAUACAAAGCAAAUAUUCCGGAUUUGAAGAAAGAGUAUCCUGGUUUACAAACAUUUGAAGAUUUCCUACGCGAAAAGGCGAAAUCAAAAGAUAAGACAGCUUAA